AUGGCCUUUGUUCAAGAUCGGGUUCAAAAGCACCCUAUCGAACACGAAGUCGUCGACAAUAGUAUUCUCACUGCCUUCCAGGAGGCCAAAUCUGCGGUAGAGGGUCAUGUGUCAUACACAAACAAGGUAGUUUCAUAUCACCGAUCGUUCCCGAAAUUCUGCGAACUACCCGCAGAGAUUCGAGAGAUGAGGCAUUCGUCGCCUGUGAAGCCAUCCCCAAGCCUGAAAUUGGCCGAUUCUCGGAGGGCUGGCUCCCGAACCUUGGUGAGCCGCCAGAUGAAUGAAGAGGUCCUCAACCUCAUGCUUCAACGUACUGAGCGCUUCAUCUUGCCGCGUAAUUUUGGGGAUUCCGAUGCCAAUAACGCGACGUGGUUCCACAAGUUUCUUGCAAUUGUACCUGGCGCUAGAGGUCUGAAUGCGGUGAAAUACCUCGACUUCCCAGACAUGUAUUUGCUCAAAUGCGUUCCUAGAGCACGCGCUCUUAACAACCCGAGCAUUGAUUUGGCAGUCGCUUGCACCAAUCUACGCAAACUCGAGAUGGGCUUCAGUGCCGAGAAGCUGACUGUGUUAGUGUACAUGUACAAACUACCAUCCGGUGAUGGUAUAUUGGAGUAUCCAGAAGUUCUGCAAGACCUAGGUAAGUGGACGAUGAAGCGCUUUCUCGUCCAGCGCUACCCAGAAAAGGGGAUCCAGGUAGAGCUAGCAUCCGGGUGCAGUAUCUGGAAGAAGCCGAAUUGUGGGUUGAUGAUUACCCUAGACGCUGACGACAUGAAGCAAGUCGAGAAGCGCAUUGAAUUAAGGAAGGCAUGUGCUAGUGUGUCCGCCCUGGAUAGAUCGUCGCUGAUCAUCUAG